AUGUAUUUAACUGCCAAAUCAAAAGAUAAUUUUUAUCCAUAAAGCUCUGAAGAAUAACGUGAGUUGAAUUAAUAAUUAAGAUAUGCAAUUGAAGAUAAUUAAAUGUUAAAAGCAAAAAUAAGAAGUUAAGAAUAAGAUAUUGAAGUAAUAAAGGAAAAUGAGAUUAAGAAUAUUAAACAUUAUGAAAAACGAGAAGAUGAUUUUAUGAAGCUUAUUAAAUAAGAAUAAGAAAGAAAUAAAAAAUUAUAUGAAGAAUUAGAAUAUCUUUCAAGAGAAUUAAGAAAUAGAGAUGAUUAAGUAGUAUAAUUGGAGGAAAAUAUUAGAACACUAAAUGCUGUUGUUGAAGAUUAAUAGAAUAGAAUUGAAGAGGAAAAGAAUAGAAAUAAAGAAAUUUAGGAUUAAGUUUAAGUUAAGGUUAAAAAAAAUGACGAUAUUUUGAAAGAUUUAGCAUAAUUGGAAAAUAAAUAUUCAAAAUUUAGAACUAAAUUAGAGACUGAAAAUGCUUAUCUGAAAUAAGAAUUAGAUAAAUUACAAAAUAAAUAUAAAAAUAAAUUGCAACAAUAUAAGAAAAAUAUAAAAGAUCUCUAACAGGAUAACAAUUAAUUGAAAAUGGAUAAAUUAAAAUUAGAAGCUGACAAUGAUUAAUUAUAUAAUUUAUCAAAGUAGUUAGAAAGCCAAUUGGGAAAAAUAUUACCUGAAAUGCCUGUAAUGGAGAAAUAAAAGUAAAAAAUAAAAACUAUAUUAAAAGUUCAAAUGUUUCAAAUGAAUUAGAAAGAAUGAAAGUUAAUAACAUUUAAAUGAAUGAAUAAUUAUAACAGGCCGACUAUGAAGUAAAUUCAAUCUAAUAAAUAGAUAUCGUAAUUGUAAUAGCAACUUUAAGCUGCGAUUCAACAUUUAGAUCGCACAAAUUAAGAUUUACAAUUUAUUUAAUAAGAGAAUCAAAGAUUAAAGCAAUUAGUAGAUGACAGUAAAGUUGAAUAAAAAUAAAAUGAGUAUAUGAUAGAAAAGAUGGUUGAAUUAUCAGAAAAAUAAAUGGAUGAUCUGGAAUCUAAAUUUAAUAAAGUUUAGGCUUAAGUAAAUUCUUUACAACAUGAAAAAAGAUCUUUAUUAACAGAGUGUAACAAUCUUAAAAUGACAAUUGAUUAAUUAGAAAAUAAUGAAGUGGAGUGGCAAAAAAAAUUGAAUAGAUUGAAAAAAGAAAAUAAAGAAUUGACUAAAUAAUUAUCUUAAUUAGACUAAAAUAUGAGAGAGAUGAUUGUUGAAAAACAUUCAGAAUUGAAAAAAUAAAAUAAUAAUAUUUCAUUAAGAUAAAGUAGAUUUAGUUAAAAGCUUAAUAGUUAAAAUCAAUCAUAUAGAUCUAUCAGAACUAAUAAUAUUUUAAUGAGUGGGACUAAAGAUUUAGAUGAUGAUGAUGAUGAUGAUGACGAUUUAGAAGAAAUGUGA